AGCAAGUGAACAAGCAAACAUCGUCGCCGCAUACAUCACACUCACCCCUGUCAUCCUUUCUCACUUCACUCUCAUCCAUUUCACACCUCUUACUCAAACCACCACCAUCUCCUCCUCCUCACACUCCUCCCCACCAUGCCCCCCCGUCGAUCAGCCCGCCGUCCCCCAACAUCCACCGCACCCUACCCCCCAUCCCUAGCCUCCUCCGACACACCCGACGCACGCCCCACAUCACGCAGCAAAACCAGCCACAGUCGCAGUCCCGACCGCUCCCACUCCUACUCCCACUCGCACGAGCCAGAACUCUCCCCCACCACGAGGAAAAAGAAACGCUCGCCCUCUGCUGCCUCGAAGGAGGAGGCGGAGCUCAAGCUCGAAGCUGAAAAUGACAACGAGAACGAUAACGAGGAAAAGGACCUGCCUGAGGUCGACCCUGGUGCUGAGGUAGAAGAGGAAGAAGGGGAAGACGAAGAUCUCGGAGAAACCCGUUGCUGGUGCGGGAACACCGACGACGACGCGUUCCAGAUCCAAUGCGAGAUAUGCAAGAUGUGGCAGCAUGGCCCCUGUAUGGGCUUUACAGACCAGAGCGAGGUCGAAGGGGAGAACUUCCACCAUUGGUGCGAGCUGUGCAGGCCCGAACUAUGGGGCACUGAUUUCCGCCGACUGACCCGUUCGGCGAAACAUAAACGCGCGCCCUCGUCCGGUGUCGCACUUGUACACGCGACAUCUCCCGCCCUCGCGAGAGAGCCAGAGCCACACAGCCCGCUCAUGGCCCGCGAGCCAAAGCGGCGCGCGACGAUGAACAGCAGCGCAGCGGCAUUUGAUGCUGAAGAGCGUGGGCUGCUCGGUCCUCUGCCUCCGAGCGUGGAGGAGGAAGGCGAUAGGCGAGGGGGGAAGAAACGCCGUCGUGCAGAUGAUCAGGAUGUCGCUUCCGCGACGAUGCCUACCCCACCCCCUGCACCUCAGUCCCGCUCCCGCCCCUCCCGCUCAACAGCAAACACCACCCCAUCUAAACGUCCCCGCGCAGCGCAUCACAAAGCCAAGGACCCUCCUUCCCCCGGGGCAGUCUUCCCGGUAGGGUCGAACAUCCCAGACCAUCUAAGUCAUAUGAGCUUCAUGUUUACCAACCCUCCUGGCAGCCGGCCUGCUUCCGCCCAAGGGGGGAGCCGGAGCGCCAACAGCGCGUUCAACACCGCCAACGCCAACACCAACUCCAACACUAACUCCAACACCAGCAACGCCCUAGGCCUAGGCCUAGGACUGAUGGGCACAGGAAGACCAGGCACAGUACCGAUCAACGCCUUCUCCCUCCCAGCGCUUGUCCAGCAUUUCCCAGGCGUGAGAGCACAUGUGGACAUCUCACCUGUGGUGACACCUGGGGAGUCGCCCGAUUCUCCAGGUGUGGGUGGGACUCCUGUUGCUGUUACCCCUGGUGCUGGCGUUGCUGCUUCUACCAGCGCUGGCGCUGGCGUCGGGAUCGGCGUCGGGGUGGCGUCAUCCCCCAGUACGCAACCUCCCCCCGCACCAGCCGCCCCAACCGCCCCACCACCCUCCUCCACCACCACUACCACCCUCCCCGCCCCCGCCCCCGUUCCAGCCCACGAACUCGCCACCUCCCUCUCACUAAAAUGUAAGAUCAAAUGGCCCUCCAAAAGGAUCACGAGCCAGGAGAUGAAAAAAAGGGUAGGGGCGAUGUUGAUGUGGGGUAUGAGGGUGGGGAGCGAGUUGGAGAGGAGGGAGGAGAGGGGUCGGGAGCUUGGUCUAUGGGGGUUGGGAGGGUUGGAGGGGGUGGGGGCGGGAGGGGGCGGGGGGGGCGGGGGGGUGGGCAUCCCUAUCCUGGAGGACCAGAGCUUGCCGAGGAAGGGGAUCGGACGCCAACCAAGAGAGGGGGAGAUCGUGGACGGGAAUAGGAUAGGGCCGAACGUGGUGGACGAAACCCUCAAUAGGUCCAUGAGGACGCUUUUGCCCGAUGCGUUAGAUGCGUUAGACGCUCAGGCGCAGGGGCGAGCCCAACCUGUUACUCUCACGGGUCGUUCUAUCGUCGCCGUCGCCGUAACCACCGCAGCCGCUAGCCCUCCCCUUCCCCCCACCCGCCCCGCCCCCGCCCCAGCCCCAGCUGCAGACCAAGCAUCAGCAACACCCUCAGCAUCAGCACCACCCUCAGCAUCAACCUCAGCAUCAGACCUCUCCCUCCUCUCCCAAGCUGUAAACCUCAGCUCCUCUUCCCAGGCGCAGGACCUCCUGCGCCAGCUGAACCAGAGGCUUGUACAGGUUAACGAGCUUUGGAAUAUGAGAGUGGAGCUGGAGGGGAGGAGAUGA